UUACUUGAGGUAGAGUGUACUUUACUUGAGGUUUGGACGCACCGCCACUCUAUGCUCGAAACCAUGUUCAACACGCAAACACGUGCUUCCGAAAUGUCGAGUCGUGGAGACGAAGGUUUGAACGGCAGCUUAAAGAAAGCCGGCAGCAAACGCUCGAAAGACCUUUUAAGAAGCGAAAUUAUCACACGUGAAGAUCAUAUUCGCUCUCUGGUUCAGUCCAAAGGACCGCCGAAAACUUUUCAAGUGACAAGCUCGGCCCUGGCACAGGCAAGGUCCUUUCUUCCAAAGCUGGCCGAGGCUGAGAGGACAAGGCUGGCCACUGGCUGUGACAAUGGUGCAAGCAUUGAGGCAGAAGACACUACCAGCGAAGGACCCUUUAUUGAGAUGAACUUUGCCCUCGCUGGACUAGCGUCCAGUAGCGAGAGCUCCUCGGACUCUGAGGUUGAGGAGUCUGACUCCGAAGCGGAGGAAGCCAGUCCGGCCAUUCAAGUGAGGCCCACCCGGAGAGCAGUCCGUCGAGGCACGGCCACCGGCCCCACCCUCAUCAAGGAGCUCCCACAGGUGGACAGUCAGCCACGGGCCGAUCAUUCGUAAAUGUCUGUCUUUCGAUGCUGGCCCUUGUUUUCUCUCUCGACUGACACUUGCGGUGCUUUUUGAAAGCCCGCAAUACUGCGUCUUGUACUAUGAUGCAGAAGGCUCAUAAAUGGCGCCCUGUAAAUGUCCACAUUUGGUUGUCACGUUUGAGUUACUGUAUUGACUCCAAACUCUGAACAAUGAAUUCAAGAAAGAGAGUAUGGAUAUAUUUUUGAACUUUGAUCAAAAUCAUUCAUACUAAAAACAUGACGAAGAAGUCUCCCAUUAAGAAAGCAAUGAUUCGAGCUUAGCUGUUUUGAGCUGUCACGACAAUCGUACAUCAGUGUGUACAAUCUUACAUUGGAUGGUGUUGGCCAUCUCGAGCAACAUGUCCAUGCUGUAGUUUGAUGAUGUAAAAACAAUUGCGUUAACUCUUAAUAGCUCUUUUUUUGCAGACGUUUUUCUUUCUUUUUUUUUU